AUGAGGAAGGCAGCCAUCGCAGGGUUGGCUGGGAUCAGCGCGAUUGUGCUGCUGACAGUGAUGUCGUUUAUGCGACACAGUGCACACAUACCUCAACCAGAUAUGGCGAUGGAAAGGCGGUUGCAGGAGGUGGACAAAGCCGGGGGAGACACCUCCAACACAGCUGAGCAUGCUCAGGACGGCGUCACUGCAUGCGAGACGCCAACGCUUUCUUCCUUCCUGGUGCCCAAUGCGCAGGAGUAUGCCAACUUCAAAGCGAAACCUGCAGCGCCAAAAAAGCAGCACAUCCUCGUCACGGUGUGA